AUGGAGGCUCCGAUUAAACCCACCGCGGCGCACCGUCCGCUUCCUAAAACCCAGAUCAAAGACGAGUUCAGUGGGACCGAAGGAGUCUACCUGCUCCCUCAUCACCAGGAGGAGAUCAAGCGCCUGCAGCGCCAACACUUCUUCAUCAAAGCCGCCACCGAGGACAAGCUAACCUCUGUCGAGCUUCCUAAAGGGGCCAGAGUGCUCGACUCGGGCUGCGCAGACGUGAAAUCGACCAUCAUUGGUGCCCGCCCGCGAAAGAGACUAAAGGUCGCAUCGGCAGGCACAUGGCUAGCGGAUUUGGCGGGCACGGACAGGCCCGACCUGGAUCUCUACGGCGUGGACCUGGGCAUGGCGCUGUUCCGGCCGGACCCUCGACUGAAACUGCGCGCGCAUGAUGUGCGCCAGCCCUUCCCCGAAUCCUGGGGCUGGAAGGACAGUUUCGACCUGGUCCACCAGCGGCUGUUGGUCUGGGGGAUUCGAGAGGACGAGUGGCCGCGGGUCCUCGCGAAUCUGGCCACCGUCGUCAAACCGGGCGGGGUCCUGCAGCUAGUGGAGGCAGAAUGGGUCCUGAGCUCGUAUUCGGACGAGCAGGUGCACCAGAAGAAGCUUGCCAAGGUGCAGGAGUGGUCGACCCGUUCGUCCGGGAUGGACGUGCACAUCUGGAAGAAGUUCCCCGAUCUCCUGCUUCCCCUCGGCUUUGUGGAUAUGAAGGUGGAAACGUUCAAUCUGGGCUACGGGGCAACGUCGACGAGACCGGAGGACCGCAUCUGGACCGCCGAGCUCCUCCCCCAGUCCUUCCGCCAUCUGGCUCGGAAGAUCCCUGGUAUGUACCACGCCUGA